AUGUCUUAUUUCGUUGCCGGUCUGCAAUCGUUAUUCGAGCGAAUUCCUCAAUUCAUCCAGACGAUCAGCGCUCAAGUCUCCAUUCCCAGAACUGAUGUUGUCUUUCAAUGGAAUGAACCAUGUCGAGUUGGCCGAGAAGUAACUUUCUCAGUCCUUAGCCAUCGCAAUCAGUAUGGUGAAUUGAUCGAUAGUGAUCAGAUCCUGAUCGAAAUCCACGUUGGUGGUAUAGCUGUGCCUUUCACGGUUGAGAUAUUCGAAAAUCCGAGAAAUUUAGUUCAUUUGGUGCGAUUUGUUGCUCAUCGUUCGGGUUCUUAUACAGUUUCGAUUAUGCGUAGUGGUCAACACAUUAGAGGAAGUCCAUUUAUUAAAAUUUUCGAUGCAGGCCCAGUUGACCCUCUGAAGACUGCUUUUGCCAACUACACCUCAACAGUUGUGGUAACAAAUAAUAUCUAUCACUCAUUGGACGUGAUUGCUAAAGAUAAAUAUGGAAAUGUUUGCUCACCGAAACAAUUAGAUAAAUCUUUAUUUAAUUUACGCGUGAAUAAGUUGGAUGCGAAGAAAACAUCCCAUAAUGCUGAAUUGGUAGUAGUUAGUGGCGAUACGGCAGACGGUAAUUCGACAAUGUUACUUAAAAUUUCCGAGCCUGGGUGCUUUCGUGCCAUCGCCACAUACAACAACAUUAAAUUAAAAAACGGCGAAAUAAUUAUAAUCUCGCUAACAGAGUCGGAAGCAUCGGAAGUUGAUAGAAUCAUCAAAAGUAAUGAUACCAACUUAUCUUAUCAAAUUAAAUACUUUUCCAGUAACGUUUUCGAUAAAGCGAGAUCGGCAUAUAGCUAUAUAUCACCGCGGCAACUGACUAUAAAGGAAUUCUAUCUGAAGUUUAUCCCAAGAACUAUCUGUAACUUUCGCAUUCGACCUCAUACGAAGUUUUCUUACAGUAGUUCCCAUAGCUGUGAUCCUCACAUACUUACGAUUAGUGAUGGGCUACAACCUCCUGUUACUAUAUGGUGUGAAAAGCGAAAUAUUUUAGUAGCAAUUUUUAAUAGAUAUCUACAAAGAAGCCUUGGAGGAUCGGAAAGCUUUCAGCACAAAAGAUCAUUUUUUUAUCAAGAAGUUCGAAAAGUGCAUGCUUCUCAUCCUUCUCGCGCUUUUACGAAGCUACGCAUUACUAAUCUUAAUCGAAAGAAGAUUUUAAAGAGCUUUAUGAGCAAAACUGCAAGAUUCGAUGUUUCCGAUUGGUGUCAUAACUUUGAAGUUAGUUUUGAAUUAGAAGAAGCUCUUGAUUGGGGAGGUGUAAGACGAGAACUGUUCGAAAUUCUAAAUACGGAGCUAUUUACACCUUCUGAGAAUGGCUUAUUUACAACAUUCGAUAUUGAAAAUAAACAAGCAUUGAUUCAUCCGAAUACAAAAAGAGCGGAUUCUUACCCACUGUCCUUCUACGAGCUGUGCGGAAAAAUUGUGGGUAAAUGCUUAUAUGAUUCAGCUCAGGGUGAAGCUUAUCACUUGUUGGUUAAAGCAAGAUUCAGUAGAUCUUUUUUAGCGCAGAUGCUAGGAUUGAGAGUUAGCUACGAUUACUUCUCGAGUGAUGAUCCGGAACUAUAUAAAACGAAAAUAAAAUAUAUCUUAGAUAAUGAUGUAACGGAAUUAAACCUGACAUUUGCAGAAGAAGAAUAUAGUAGUUCUGGUAAUGUUGUUAAGGUAGUAGAUUUAAAAUCCAAUGGGCGAUUUAUUACGGUUACUGAAGAAAAUAAAAUCGAAUACCUAAAUCUCUUAUCGCAACACAGACUUGCAAAAAAAUUUACUAGCGAGAUGGAUCACUUUUUGAAAGGCGUUCACCUGUUGAUCCCAGAAAAUUUACUGGCAAUAUUUGAUGAAAGCGAGCUAGAGCUUCUGAUGUGCGGAAUAGGGAAUAUAAGUAUUAGCGAUAUGAAAUUAAACUGCAUCGCUACCGAUUCUUCACGUUCUUUUGGGAAGAUUCUCAGAUGGUUUUGGGCUAUUGUAGGUACAUUCUCGCAAGAAGAGCUAGCUCGAUUACUGCAAUUUGUUACUGGCUCAUCGCAACUUCCGCCUGGAGGAUUUAAGGAACUUAGACCGAGUCUUCAAAUAUCCCCUGCUCUUGUUCAAAACGGCUUACCGACAUCUCAUACUUGUUUUAAUCAGUUAUGCCUACCGGAGUACGACUCAUCUGCAGAGCUUAAGAGAUGCCUCAUCUUGGCUAUAAAUGAGGGAUCGGAAGGCUUCGGACUUGUAUAGAAUAAAAAUCGAAUUAGUACUAUCUUUCGAAAUACAGCACUG